GCCUCUAGACGCUGAGAGGCAGGAGGCACUGGGGAUCGUCCGCAGGGUUUGGGACAGCUACAGAGGCCGCCACGGAGCCCGCCGGAGCCCCCGUUCCUGCUGGUGCUGCCGCCGCCCGAAUCGGAACCGUCGGGCUGCAGCCGCCGGCAAUGCCGCGAAGGAAGAGAAAUGCAGGCAGUAGUUCAGAUGGAACGGAAGAUUCCGAUUUUUCUACAGAUCUCGAGCAUACAGACAGCUCAGAGAGUGAUGGCGCCUCGCGCCGGUCUGCCCGAGUCACCCGCUCUUCAGCCAGGCUAAGCCAGAGUUCUCAAGAUUCCAGCCCUGUUCGAAAUUUGCCAUCUUUCGGCACUGAGGAGCCUGCCUAUUCUACCAGAAGAGUGACGCGGAGUCAGCAGCAGCCCACACCAGUGACUCCAAAAAAGUACCCUCUUCGGCAGACUCGCUCAUCUGGCUCUGAAACGGAACAGGCGGUUGAUUUUUCAGAUAGAGAAACUAAAAAUACAGCUGAUCAUGAUGAGUCACCACCUCGAACUCCAACCGGAAAUGCACCUUCUUCUGAGUCUGACAUAGACAUCUCCAGCCCCAACGUGUCUCAUGAUGAGAGCAUUGCCAAGGAUAUGUCCCUGAAGGACUCAGGCAGUGAUCUCUCUCACCGUCCCAAGCGUCGUCGAUUUCACGAAAGCUACAAUUUUAACAUGAAGUGUCCUACGCCGGGCUGCAACUCUCUAGGACAUCUAACAGGAAAGCACGAGAGACAUUUCUCCAUCUCAGGAUGCCCGCUCUAUCAUAACCUCUCAGCUGACGAAUGCAAGGUGAGAGCACAGAGCCGGGAUAAGCAGAUAGAAGAAAGGAUGCUGUCCCACAGGCAAGAUGACAACAACAGGCAUGCAACCAGGCACCAGGCACCAACAGAGAGACAGCUGCGGUAUAAGGAAAAGGUGGCUGAACUCAGGAAGAAAAGAAAUUCUGGACUGAGCAAAGAGCAGAAGGAGAAAUACAUGGAACACAGACAGACCUAUGGGAACACUCGGGAGCCUCUCUUGGAAAACCUGACAAGUGAAUAUGACUUAGAUCUUUUCCGAAGAGCGCAAGCCCGGGCUUCGGAGGAUUUGGAGAAGUUAAGGCUUCAAGGUCAAAUCACAGAGGGAAGCAACAUGAUUAAAACAAUUGCUUUUGGCCGCUAUGAACUGGAUACUUGGUACCACUCUCCCUAUCCUGAAGAAUAUGCACGGCUGGGACGUCUCUACAUGUGUGAAUUCUGCUUAAAAUACAUGAAGAGCCAAACAAUACUCCGCCGACACAUGGCCAAGUGUGUGUGGAAACACCCCCCUGGUGAUGAGAUUUAUCGCAAAGGCUCCAUCUCUGUGUUUGAAGUAGACGGCAAGAAGAACAAGAUAUACUGCCAAAACCUCUGCCUUUUGGCGAAGCUUUUUCUGGACCAUAAGACACUAUACUAUGAUGUAGAACCUUUCCUAUUCUACGUUAUGACAGAAGCGGACAAUACUGGCUGUCAUCUGAUUGGAUAUUUUUCUAAGGAGAAGAAUUCAUUUCUCAACUACAAUGUCUCGUGCAUCCUCACCAUGCCUCAGUACAUGCGGCAGGGCUAUGGAAAGAUGCUGAUCGAUUUCAGUUAUUUACUUUCCAAAGUAGAAGAGAAAGUUGGCUCUCCAGAGCGCCCACUGUCAGACCUGGGGCUCAUCAGCUACCGCAGCUACUGGAAGGAGGUACUGCUCCGGUACCUGCACAACUUCCAGGGCAAGGAGAUCUCCAUCAAAGAAAUUAGCCAGGAAACAGCUGUGAAUCCCGUGGACAUUGUCAGCACUCUGCAAGCCCUUCAGAUGCUCAAGUAUUGGAAAGGCAAGCACCUAGUUUUAAAGAGACAGGACCUGAUAGAUGAGUGGAUGGCCAAAGAGGCCAAAAGGUCCGACUCCAACAAAACCAUGGACCCGAGCUGCUUAAAAUGGACCCCUCCCAAGUAGGAAUCCGUACCCUAGGGGUCUGUCUGUCAUUUCUGUUGCUCUUGUGAUUGGCAAGUACAGUAUCCUUUGGGAAGGCCACCCCUCAGGACUGUUCGGCUCCAACCUUCGUGUACACUGCAGACACUAGUUCUGAGGAACUGUUGUUUCGGCCUCAGUGAGGUUGCCUGGAUGGAUCUGUAUGAGGCUCGAGUACAGAUCCCUCAUAGCACUGACCCAAGGAGUUGUGUUAUGGUACUGUACCUGUCCAGUCACUGGUUCCCUCCUCGUGCUCUUUAACUCCGAGGUUUGUUGUGUCCUGACCUUUGUGCUAGUGCUUGUUCCUGCCUGGAUAGCAGACCUCCAAACAUGGUUGCCACCAAAGGGCCUUUCCAGUUACUUCUCACACAUUCUUCAUGAAGGGGUGGGCAAGAGGCACCCGCCUGUGCAUGUCUGCGUGUCUGCUGGGAGGGUUCACUCACCCUAGGUUUCAUCUCGCAGUCACUUAUUUUUCUCCCUUUUUGUCAAAAAACUUAAUACCUUUGAUCAGGAUCAGGCUGGCCAGAGCUAGGAGCCUGAUGUUUCCCAGGGAUACACAGGACUUGGGUUCAUCUGAGUGAGAUGGGUGAAGCUUAAGAGGUGAUGAUCCCAUGCUUUCCUUUGUAUUUGCUUGUGGGCACUGGGGCAGCGUCGUGUAGAAGGAAAUGGGUAACUCUUUGCCACAGCAGAAAACGCCCCCACUUUUUUUUCUGCCCCCUUUUAUGUUGGUAGUUGCCAAAAUAUUUUAACAGUCUUUUUUCACACCACAUUAAAUGACCACCCUGUGGAUCUUUCCACGCCUGCCAUAGCCAGUCUGGUGUAAGGCAGCUCUACUUUCCACAUAAGUUGCACUGAUCUUGUCCAGAGCUUCCUGGGAGAAGUGGAAACUGGUUGAAAUGCUUCUGUUUCUCAGCCCAUGACUCAGCAAGACAGGGUGGCCACUCUGCUAAGGUUUGCUUCGCUCUCCAACAGUGCCUCCCUCCCCCAGCAGACUGAAGUGCUUUUUGUCUCUAAGAACUAACUCCAUUUCCCUUUCUGGACUUGCCACCACCAUCCUGCUCUGUGGGUUCCUAUUUUUGGUGGUGUUAAGUGAAGGAAGAAAUGUUCCCUCUAAUUUCUCCCUGUCCCAGUAUAUAACCUGCUAUCUUGGGGCAGCUUUUGAUGUCUGACAUGUCACCCUUCCCAAGUUGGUCUCCUCCAACACUGCUGUCUUCACGUGGCAUCCUCUUACCACAACCCUAACUCUGGUCAUUUGUGCCUUUCUCUUGUCAUCUCUGUACACUACUAAUAUUCACUGUGGGUUGGGGGGAGCUGAUUUUAAGCAUGUUCACUGGCUCCCCUCCAGUUUCAGUGUAACUGUUAAAAUGUAUCCAAAAGCCACUUAACUGGGGGUUUUCUUAAGGGGUAAAGGCCUUUUACAGAUGCUGAGCCCUUCCCCACAUGUGGCAGAAUGUGCUCUUCUGUAUCUACUCAAUAAAGCAUGUUCUCUGCUCA